CUACCCAAUGGUGUUUGUGCAGGUGCCGAUUUGCACGGUCCACAUGGUCAGCGCGGUCCGACUGCGAACGGUGCGCGAGGUAAAGAUCGACCGGUAAAUGGUGUCCAUCGAGGCGAUACACAUUCCUCGUCUACACCCACACUCCCUCCGAGUUUGCGCGAAUCGGAGCGCAUGCUUUUCGUGCAACAGUGGAUCAAUACCAUUCCUCCUGACCUUCCGCUUUGGGUUCAAAUCUCCCUCACCAAAAUUGUGCCAAUCACCAAUCCCGAAUAUUAUCCUGAGGAAAAUGACAACUCGAGCAAUCCUGACUGUCUCGUCUGUGAAGGUCAACCCCAAUCUCCGAACGGACAACACACUAAUCGACAUCCUGGGCUCAGUAAAGUGGAUCACGUGACAGGAACCACACAACUAUCGAAUUUCGCGCCCUAUCCGGUAAACAACCACACUCACUCACCGGUCGGUCAUCCGUCGCUUGCCACGGCAGAGAACGGAAAAGGUGGACUUGAUCAAAAUCGGUCAGCUCCUGUGGGACGUUUGUUCGAUGACAUGGAGACAGAAAUGGUGGUCAAAUCCAAUUCCACCGUGUUCUUCAUGUGCUUCACUUCUUCUGUCCUCUCACUUCCGGUCUUCCGACUGUGCCAUAUUUUGCUUAAUUGA